GGAGUAGUGCAGACUGUGCAGUGUGGCAAAUUCAUCAGAGUCAUUGCAGCUGUAGAGGAAGAUGAAUCUUAAAGUACAAGUUCUUGCUCCUGUUUUUGCAGGUCUUCUUCUUCUUAUCCUUAUUAUUACCCUGGCUUUCCUCCUUUAUUAUAAAAUAAAGAGGAGGAGGAACAAGCAACACCAUGUUUGUCUAUCUGAGAGUCCUUUCAUAGAUUCAAAAUGGAAGACAUAUGUACAAUUAGACAUUGAGGAAAAGGCGAGUCAGAGCACUCAUGGGUUUCAGAAAGAAAAAAAGAGGAAUGGUCAAUACAUCCCACUACCAGCUUCAAAUUAUUUCGAUGAUGUCUACGACAGUCCAGGGGAACUAGAUGACAGUGAGUAUCACAGUGAGUCUGAUGCUUGUGACAAAGCUAAGAAGAAGGAUGGUAACUUUUUAAGAACUUCAAAAGGAAAGGUGUAUACAAGUACUCCUGACAGUAUCCAUGUUGUCAUUCAAUUCAUAAAGGAUAAACCAUUACCAUCAAACAACACUGAGCUCUGGAUUAAAAAGUCUCCUUGCUCUUCAUGCUCCUCCAGACUCCUUGAUUUAUACAAGUUUUCCCCCAAGCCUACACUCUACAUUGGAGCCAUAUCACGCCCUCAUCAUUCAGACGAUGACAAAGGAUUGAUUCAACUCCUAAAGGAAGGCUUUAAUAUUAAGGUCUGGGAUCCACUUGUUGAUGAAAACGAUUGUGACGUCAACGAGUACAUUAACAACUUAAAGAAGACCAUGUGAACAAACACUUAUCACUUCAAACAAUAAACACCACAUGCAUGUAUAUGUAGUAGUAAUAAUCAUUAAAUUAAUGUCUUUGUUUUCCAUUUUUAAUGUAAUAUUCAAUCUACCACAGUUUAAAAUUACCUGUACAUACAUGUACUAUAUUUGCCUGAUGAGAAGCCCGGGCAUUUAUUCAUUAACAGGGGGAAAAAUUGUGUAAAAAUAAAAAUAGAUUGGCUAUAAUAUGUGCAUCUAUAGUGAGAAUACUUUAAGGACGGGCGUUGAUUUAAGCUGGGCUUCUAAUCAGGC